UAAUGUCAGCUGAACUAAUGCGCUGGGAUGUACUUCAUGUAAGCUAGUGACGAUAGAAAUUAUUUCAUAAACAAAAACACGUGGAUCGAUAUUGACGAAAUACUUACUGCUUUAACUAAAAUGAAGCGAAAAUCAACCGAAAAUAACUUGAAUUCAGAAGCAAAGGUGGCUAAAAAAGAACAGGAAAAGCCAGAGUUUCACUACUCAGACAACAAGAAAAGUUUAUACCGACCUCCGACCUCCGAGGAACUUAAUUCUCUUAAAGAGACUGAGGAUCUGUUUCACUCAAGCUUGCUGCACAUGCAAAUCAAUGAGCUUCUUGCAGAAGUUUGUCUUCGAAAGAAAAAGAAAAAAUUGGACAAUGUACUUUGCUCCCUUCACGAGUUGAUUAUGUCUCUCCCAGAUGGUGAUCAACAAGAUUUAUCGGAUAUCUCCUGGCUUCCAGGCAAUGUAUGUUUUCCAUUACCUCCAUUACCUGGCCCUAUGAAAGGAAAGUUUACGUUUCAAAAGCCCGAAUCUGUCAAUGUUGUUGGUAGUUAUCAAUUGGGUACUUUAUGUAAGCAGGAAAUGAAUGUUGACGUUGCCGUUCAAUUGCCAAAGGGUUUAGUUCACAGUAAAGAUUUUCUCAACCUCCGUUAUCAUUACAAAAGAGCAGUAUAUCUCACAAUUCUAGCUUCUGCGAUAAAAAAAAGCAAGAUCUGCAAAAGCAUAAAUUUUGCCUACCAUAAUGAAAACAUGUGGACACCAAUUCUACUUUUAAAACCAGAAGGUCUGCUCGGAGAAAAAGUAACUGUAAAAUUGUUCGUUACUCUGGCUAAAGAUUCAUUCAAGUUGGCAAGGUUUUCACCAACCGUCAACAACAUUCAAUAUAGUUGGUAUUUUGGUGACGACACUUCUGUUUUAGAAACUUUAGAGUCGAUUCCUUCAACACCGCACUACAAUGCUGCAAUACUCGCGGACAUGUUGAUGGAGCAACAUUUGCAAUUUCUACAUGGUAAAAUCACUAAACAUCAAGCUUUUUGUGAUGCUGUAAUCCUUUGUAAAAUUUGGCUUCAUCAACGACAUUUGGACAAGGGUGUACAAGCGUUCAGUAGUUUUCACUGCGCUAUGAUUCUAGCUUAUUUACUUCAAACUCGUAAAAUCAAUCAACACAUGAGCUCCUAUCAAAUUAUUCGUAUAUUCUGGCAGUUUCUAGGCACCAAACAUUUGUGUACAAAUGGAGUAACGAUGCUUGAUAAGACCAGAACUGCUGAUAAGCGAAUGCCUUCGUUGAAAGAUUUUCACGAAAACUUUGAAGUGGUGUUUGUGGGUCCGUCUGGCGUGCUCAACUUGCUUGCAAACAUGUCAAAGACAGCAUUUACACUGCUACAGAGCGAAUCAAAACGAGCCCUUGAUAUACUCCAGAACGAUUCGCUGGAUUGUUUUGAACUCCUAUUCAUGAGAAGUAUUCCGCUUGUGACAAGAUUCGACGAGUUCUUUCGUCUAGAAAAAUGUGAGGUUUUACAUGAGAUAGUAAAGAAGAAGAAACUGAAUGCCCAAAUGUUAAAUUUUGCUGGCGAUUGGUUAAGAGUCAGUAUAGCUUGGCUGGAACGCUUACUUAUGAAAUCACUCGGUAGACGGGUUCAUACGCUAUACGUAUGGCCGUAUUCUUUUUCUCGGUGGUCAAUUAAAGAAAAGCCUCCAACAGGAUCAGAGUGUAAGGUCAUGAUCGGUUAUCAUUUCGACGCAGAUUCGGCUCACACUGUUUUAGAAAAAGGACCUAGUGCUGACUCCUCCGAGGCUUGUGCAUUUCGAGAGUUUUGGGGUGAAAAGUCUGAACUGAGAAGAUUUCAGGAUGGGACCAUUACUGAAGCGAUUGUUUGGGAAUGUAAAAACGCACGUGAAAAGAGGAAAAUUUGUCAGUCAAUCGUUAAAUACAUCCUUCAGAGACAUGGUGGCAUUGAAAAUUCUCAUCUGCAUUUUACUUCGAAUGGCUUUGACGAUCUGCUGAUCCAAAAUAUCAAAUUGAUAUCUUCAAACCAGAAAACCAGACAACUGUUGGAAAGCAGUUCGGGAGAGGAAACUGGCCAAGCUGUGAUACGAAGCUACGAGUCGUUGGCGAAGCUAUUGCGCAGUCUGGAUCUACCUUUGUCUUUUCACACCAUACAAAGUCUAUCACCCGUGCUUAGAGGCACAGAGGUGUUUCCAGCGCUACCUACGAGUGUCGAUACAAAGACGACAUUAACGGGGAAAAGAAUCGAGAAGUGUCCAAAAUGGUGUCCGUCAAAUGAAGUAUUGAUUCAGUUUGAAACGAGUGGAGAAUGGCCGGACGAUAUAGAAGCAAUUCAAAGAAUCAAGGCCGCUUUUCUUCUAAAUAUCGCUAACUUGUUGAAGAAAGAUCAUCAAGUUCCAACCAACGCAACGACCAAACAUGUUGAUGUUUUAAAAGACGGUUAUGUAUUCCGAUUGAGAAUUGCUCAUUAUCGUGAAAUGGUCUUGCUAAAGAACACAAAGGUUGGAGGAGUUAAAUGGUCGCUCAUGGAGAAGGCCAGCGACGAACUGGAAAGACUGUUGGUCAAACUUCCACUUCUGUCGAAUGUUAUUCACGGAAUCCAACAGCAGAAUGCAUCAUUUGGUGGAAGUGUGAGGCUGGCCAAACGAUGGAUAUCAUCCCAUUUGCUUACGUCGGACUUUCCUGAGGAAUGCAUUGAACUCAUUAUGGCAUACAUCUACAUUCAUCCUUAUCCAUAUCUACCCCCGGCAUCUCCGGUCACUGGCUUCGUAAGAUUUCUUCACCUCCUGUCGACAUUUGAUUGGAAGAAUAACGUCAUGAUCGUUAAUUUCAACGAUGAGCUUAAAGUUGCAGAUAUUCAAGAAAUCCGGUCUCAUUUCAUGUCCAAUAGACAGAAAUUACCAGCGUUGGUGAUAGCAACUCCCAAAGAUAAAUUCUCAUCAUACUGGACGAAAGAUUGUCCUUCAGUAUUGGUACAUCAUCGGAUUGUUGCACUGGCCAAAGAAUCAUAUUCUGUUUAUGAAACCCAACAACUGAAAACCAAAGAUGACUCAAUCGAUGUGAAGAUCUUGUUUCGGCCAUCAUUUGAAGAAUUUGAUGUAGUUAUUAUCCUUCAUGAUCAAUGGAAUCCGAGACGUCAUCAAGCAGUUGAUUUGGGCCGAUCUUGCUCUUAUCAGUAUCAACCGACAUCAAUGUCAUUACCAAUAGUUAAUUUUGAUCCCAUACAAUGCUACAUGAAUGAACUUAAGGAAAGCUUUUCAAUGUGGCAAUGUUCUUUCGAGACUACUAUGGUGGGAAAAAGAUUGGAGUGGUCUGGAAACUAGACCAACUUCAAGAAAAACCAUUCAAGGUGUCUGGUUGCAACUUUCAUAUGCCAGCAACGA